GUUCUUCAAUCAUCCCAGGCAUACGCUGCGGAUGUGCCAUUUGUGGUCAUGAAACGUCGUGACCCUCAGUCAAGCCGUCUCCCGUUGUGUAGCCAGCUUCCUAACGGGGUCUGGCUCCACGGCAUGGAUCCCUAGCCCUCGCGAUUCGUGAUCAAGUGACCAUCGCAAGCGGCGGUGAUAAGCAGCGCACGGCUCCUUAUCAACAAUGACAACAACAUUGUCGUGACACCUUCUCAACCCCAACCUCAACAUUCCAUCAGAGCUCCGACUAUCAGGCACAAGCCCAACGGCCAGCAGUCAGCUCUACAACCUCAUUUCUGCGACUGAUUUGGCUGCCUUGACCAUCGACCCGUGCCCCACGAAGCAAUGACCCGCCACACCCCCGAGUUCCUCGUCCGACAGCGGAGCUCCAACAUGUCGCUGCGCAUGGCCGCUGCCGCGAAUGCCUCCGAGGCGUCCCAAUCUCUAUACGACGGUUUCACAUCGAGGAGCACGGCGGACAGCGUCAAGGACGACUGCGACACACGUAGCCGCACAAUCAACCCUGAGGCCUUUACCGCGCCAUUCUGCGACUUCCUCCGCGAGAACCCGACAAUCUUCCACGCUGUCGACUACUUCAAGAGCAAGGCCAAGGCUGCGGGCUUCGAGGAGCUGCCUACACGCGACGACUGGACCGGCAAGCUCAAGGCUGGUGGCAAAUACUUUGUCAGUCGCAACGGCAGCGCUCUUAUCGGAUUCACCGUGGGCAAGUCCUACAAGCCCGGGAAUGGUGUCGCCAUCGUUGCUGGGCACAUCGAUGCCUUGACUGCUAAGCUCAAGCCCGUCAGCAAGAAGACCACAAAGGCCGGCUACCUUCAGCUGGGUGUCGCGCCUUAUGCUGGUGCCCUGAACACGACUUGGUGGGAUCGUGAUCUGAGCGUCGGUGGCCGUGUCAUUGUGCGCGAUCCUGCGACUGGCAAAACGUCCAGCAAGCUUGUCAAGCUUGAUUGGCCGAUUGCUCGGGUGCCGACUCUUGCCCCACACUUUGGUGUUGGGAUGAAUGGCUCGAACAACGCCGAGACUGAGGCUGUACCAAUUAUCGGCCUCGACAACUCGGACCUGUAUCCUUCGACUUCCGACAAGGCUGAAGAGCCGCUCGGCGGCGUAGGCGCUUUCACUGCUACGCAGCCGCCCAAGCUCGUAAAGGUCAUUGCCAAGGAGGUUGGCGUCAAGAGCUACUCAGAUAUUGUCAACUGGGAGCUGGAGCUGUUCGACCUGCAGCCCGCCACGGUGGGUGGUCUCGAUAAGGAGUUCAUCUUUGCUGGUCGUAUCGACGACAAGCUGUGCAGCUGGGGUGCUUGGGAGGCCCUGUUAGCUGCCGAUGCCAAGGAGGACGACGGCAACAUCAAGCUCGUUGCCCUCUUCGAUGACGAGGAGAUUGGCUCUCUGCUGCGCCAGGGAGCCAAGGGCAACUUCCUCCCGUCCGUGAUUGAGAGAACCGUCGAGGCUUUCAGCACCAGCGACAAGCCCUUCGGUCCUGGCGUUGUCGGCCGGACCUACGCCCGGUCGUUCCUGGUGUCUGCCGACGUUACACACGCCGUCAACCCCAACUUUGAGGGACGGUACCUUCAGGACCACGCCCCGCGCCUGAACGUGGGCAUCGUCAUCUGCCAGGACAGCAACGGCCACAUGACCACCGACAGUGUGUCGACCGCCAUUCUCCAGCGGGUAUGCCAGCUGUCGGGCUGCACCCCGCAGACGUUCCAGAUCCGCAACGACUCGCGCUCCGGCGGCACCGUCGGCCCGACCAUCAGCAGCAUGCUGGGUGUCAAGUCCGCCGAUGCUGGCAUGCCACAGCUGAGUAUGCACUCCAUCCGGGCUACGACGGGCUCUCUGGACCCCGGUUUGGGCGUCAAGUUCUUCAAGGCGUUCCUGGACAAGUGGGAGCAGGUUGAUGCGGAGUGGCACUAGGAGGUCUGAACUUCGUUUGAGGUGCUAGCGAGCAAUAUAAUCAUGGCGUGCGGGAAUACAUUAUGCAGCUUAGACAUGACCCAUUGCGAUCUCAGUCGCGCUGUCAGUCUUCACAGAGAUACUGUAGACAUAUUACAUAGACCAAUCACUAACAGCCAUACCCGAA